ACACAUACAACAGGUCGCGAGACGCCAGUCGUGUUUACAUUACCGAGCGUACCGGCGCGUUGGAAACGUUGUCUGUGAUUUAAUUUAUUAGUUAUUAUAUAGUUGAAAUGGCCAACAACAGGGCCGCGAAGUCUGGAUUUGCUGCUGAGGCGCAAAGAAAGAUUAACAGCAAAUACAGCGAGGAGUUGGCCGAGGAGUGCCUGGAAUGGAUCCGACAAAUCAUCGGCGAGCCUGACAAUACUUCAGGUGAUAUGGACAACUUCUACGAAGUACUUAAAGACGGCGUCGUUCUAUGCAAACUGGCAAAUAACCUUCAACCGGGGACCGUAAAAAAAGUCAAUGAGUCCAAGAUGGCAUUCAAGUGCAUGGAGAACAUCAACGCCUUCCUGGAGGCCGCCAAGCAAUUCGGAGUCCCCGCCCAAGAAACAUUCCAAACAGUCGACCUUUGGGAGAGACAAAACCUCAACUCUGUUGUCAUUUGUCUCCAGUCACUCGGCAGAAAGGCUGGCAACUACGGUAAACCUUCAAUAGGGCCGAAAGAAGCGGAAAAGAACGUACGAAACUUUACCGAGGAACAGCUAAGAGCUGGUCAGGGUGUGAUUUCCUUGCAAUAUGGAUCCAACAAGGGUGCCACCCAAAGCGGUAUCAACUUUGGGAACACACGGCAUAUGUAAAGACGUAAUUAUGUCCCUCUCUCGAGCAUUGGUACUAGCACUUGCUGGAUAAGGAAAAAACAUAUAUGAUCUAAAAGACAAAAUUACGAAGUCAUUCCUUAUAGGACUUUUUUAUUGCUAACAUUAAGCUCUGUACUUAUUAAAUAAGAUAGCAGAAGUAAAUUUAAAGAUACUUUAUAUAUAAUGCCUUGUAACUUAAAGAAUCUCUUAAAAGACGUAGUUUCGAAUCGAGCAUUUAAAUAGUAACUUCAUUCCAUUUAAUUUAUAUCUUUGGAUGUGUAACAAGUGAGUUUAUUGAGAGCUCAUUGAGACUCAUUAAAGUACCUACACAGUACAAGUGAAUUUAUUUGUAUAACUAAAACGUAUGUGCCUUCCCCCAAGGGGUAAACCUUCGAAGGUGACUAACAAAAUUUAACAUUAAGAUCUAAAUCUCGUAUUAUUUAUUGAAAUAACGUCAUUCCAUAUUAUAUUUAUUUUGUUAGUAAACUUCUAUAAAUACAUUUAUUCUUAUAGUUAUUGUAUUUCGUGCGUAAAAAUAAUUUUUUGUGCCUCAAAAAUGCACAUUGUCACUUUGAAGUACGUGGAAUAAAUUAGUAAUAAACAAAA